AUGUUGUUUGGGGAUCUGGAAGCUGCCUCGACCUUGCUUCCGGUCGGGCGGGAUGAUGAGGGGCCAGCUUACUCUACUCGUUUCAUGAACAACGCUUCGACCGUCGAGGGCGCACAGCUGCUAGAAACACUGACCAGCUCCAAGAUAAAUAACACCGUUAUGCACUUUUUCUCGGACUGGAAGGGGAACGGACUCGAGUCGCAUGUCGGCGCGAUCCUCAUUCAGCCAUUCGCCGAUGCAGUCAUUGAGGAAAUUGUCACCCUACAGCAUUCUAAAAAUUUCCGAUCCGAUUUAUUAGCUUUGUCACAGCGUUUGUUUGAAAAUAGCAGCCGCCCUGUGGAAAUACAUCGUUUGAUGACGCUGCAAGGCCUCAUCGACCAGUAUACGGGUCCGAAUCUCCGCUGGGAGACAAUGGGAGCAAUCCUUACACUUGUUGGGUAG